AUGAAUGACUUGAACGAACCAGCGACUCACUGUCGUGUUCAUUGUAUGGAUGGAAGCUGCCACCUGCUAUCCUUAAGAGGCAGUACGAGCGUCGAUGAUGUCCUGCAUUUGCUGCAUGCACGUGGUGCAGUUCCAGGUGGUUGUCCUGAACUGCUUCUUGGUCAUCGCAUAUUGGGCCGCCACUGCUUGUGGCGUGAUGUCGCUGCGGGCUGUGACGAGCUGCAACUGGUCUUGCUGAGGGCCUCCCUGCAUGUGGACUUUAGUGACAAUUUGCUGCUGCCCUCGGGAGUGGAUGCAUUGGUCCAAGGGCUGCCAAGCCGUGCAAAUCAGCUCAGAGCUGUGUCGUUGGCAAGAACUGGCCUCUGUGGUGAAGAGGGUGGCACGAUCGUCGCUCGACUUCUGCAAGCUUGUCCAAGCCUGGAGUUUCUGGAUAUCAGCGGCAACAAUGGCUUUGGAGCAGUGAGCUUGUUGUCUUCAAGUGUUUCUGUGUCUUCGAUUGCAGCAGGUAUACCCACCUGCUAUUCGUUACAACAUCUGGUGAUGUCAGACUGCGGCAUUGAUGGAUCCACAUCAGGACGUCACUUGGCACACUUCCUGGCGAUGUUGCCGAAUCUCCAGAAGCUCGACAUACACAGCAAUAACCACUUGGGAUCCGACGGCGUGUUGGCCUUCGCUCAGACGCUGCGAUCGUCAAACAAAACGAUGUGCAGUCUUCAGGUUGUCAAUCUUGGAGAUACGGGGGUAGAGGGGGCUGCAGGUGGCACGGCUAUCGCCCAGAUGUUGGCGAGUAUGCCGCACCUGUUCAUGCUGGAUUUAGCCAACAACGGCGGCUUUGGUGCUCAGGGGCUUCUUGCUUUUGGGCAGCACUUGGAUUCAACUCCCGACAGGACACUUGCCAAGAUAGACCUGCAACAUUGCAGCUUGCCUGGGGACCUGGAGCCUCACCACUUCGAUGCUUUGCUUGCCAAAUGCCCGAACAUGGAAGUGGUAGACGUAGGUGAGGAGCACGCUUUUGACAGUCUGUCUUCACUGAAUACUGCACCUCGUUUGCGAGCAGUGCGCUCGGAUGAUGAAAGCCUUGCCAUUUGGCAUGAUUUACAUCUCCAACUCGCGGGUACCUCCGCAUCUCCGCAACAAGAGAGCUUCAACUUGGGGGAUACACUCGUCAUCGAGCUUUGCAAAAGUAGUCGCCUACGAUCUCUCAAACUUGAACACGGCAGCUUAACGACUUGUGAUGACGGCAUUGCCUUGGCUCGGCUGCUUGGUGCGAUGCACUCAUUAGAGAAUCUCAGUCUGUACGGCAACCCCACAUUUGGCGCACAUGCUUUUGGAACCUUCGUCAAGUCUUGUCCCAGGUGCUGCAGCGUCAGGCUAUUGAACUUGGGGGAGUGCGGGCUUGCAGGCUCCGAUUCUGGCACUGCUCUUGCGCACCUGGUCGAGAAGAUGCCAGGACUUUCCAGUCUGCUUGUUCGGAAGAACUUUCGGCUGCAAAAUGAUGGGGUGCACAGCUUUGCUAGUGCCUUAUCUUGCAAUGCGAUGGAAGCUUUGGAUCUAGGUUGCUGCUCUCUUGCGAAAAGAACUGGAGCUGCAGCUGUCCUGCGGAUUGUGCAGAUGUCGCCUGCUCUUCGCACGCUGUCAGUUUCCGGGAACCCACAACUGGAAGAAAUCGGACUUUGCCUGCUCGUGGAGCAGAUCCUUUUAAACACAAGCGUUCGUUCCUUGAGCUUGGCUUCCUGCGGCUUGUCGAUGCAGGACAUGCAUUUACAAACACUAUUUCCAUCAGGAUCCUCGCGCCUAGAGAGAUUAGACCUCAGCGGCAACACGGAAAUUGGGCCACAGGGUUUGCAUGCCCUUUUGUGCCAACUUCCCAUCAGUCUCCAACACGUGGACGUGAGCGACUGUGGCUUGGAGUCUGUCUCAGGCGGUGCUGCCAUUGCUUCCAUGGUACAACGGUGCAACGGACAGGGGCAACUCACAUCUUGA